ACAGCCUCUAUUCUCCUCUCCUCCUUGAAACCCUGCUCUCCGACAGUUUGGACCAUGGCAUCACCGCGACUCGAGACUUUCUGUUGUUUAAACAGAGACGCCGCCACAGACUUCAUCGUUCAUUUUCAGCCCGUUUUUUUUAGCGCUAUGUGUCUUGGCAGCGCGACUGUAAGCUUGAUAUUGUCCAUCAUACAAAGUUUGCCAAAGCGGCGAGGUUACAGGCGCCUUGGACAACAUCUUCUCCCCAAACCGGCCUCCUCAUCCAGGAUACUGUUCAUCAUUAGCGUGUGUGACAUUCUUGGAUGUGCAGGCAUCAUCGUGAGGUCGUCUGCAUGGCUCAGCCUUCCUGCUAUCAUCACUGACAACUCUGUGGCCAACAGCAGCAGCCGUUGGCCUGAAGUCCUCUGUAUGGGCAGCGCUGUGUGGAUCCAGUUGUUCUUCAGCGCCUCCUUUUGGUGGAUGUUCUUUUAUGCAGUGGAUGUCUUUUUAGUGGUCAAGCGAUCUGCUGGGAUCAGUACCCUCGUGCUGUAUCAUAUGAUCGCGUGGGGACUCGCUGCUCUGCUGUGUGUAGAAGGUGUGGCCAUGCUCUACUACCCCUCUGUCUCUAGCUGCAAGAACGGCCUCCUGCAUGCUAUCCCGCAUUACGUCACCACCUACGCCCCCUUGCUGCUGGUGCUCACGGUCAACCCCCCCCUGUUUGCCCUUACCGUGACCUCCGUGACAUCACUACUAAAAGGUCCGCAGGGUAUCUACACAGAGAAUGAACGUCGUCUGGGCACCGAGAUCAAAAUACGCUUCUUCAAAAUCUUCCUGGUGUUUUUUAUCUGCUGGCUGCCCAACCUGAUCAAUGAGAGUUUGCUCUUUUACCUGGAGAUGCAAGAUGACAUUCGAGCUACUGAGCUAAGAAGCAUUCGCAAUGCAGCUUUGAUCACCUGGUUUAUUAUGGGCAUCCUGAACCCCAUGCAAGGCUUUCUCAACACGCUGGCCUUCCAUGGCUGGACAGGGUUGGACAUGGACCUGCGGCUACAGCGCCGGAGGGAGGUCAACCGGGACUCGUCUUCCACAUCACUGGUGCCGGCCAGGAUCUACAACCCUGUGAUGGCCUCAGCUCUACUCUAUCAGUCCCAUGUCCAAGAGGGCAAGAAGGCAACAAGAAACUCACGUUCACCUCAACAUGACAGUGUCAGCCUCCUGUCUGAAGGUUCAGAGUCUAGUACAGUUGAGCUCCACAUAUCAAGUGAGAACCGAGACUGUGAUGAUGUAGAAGCAGAAGGGGAGAUACUGGGAAACUCAGCGAGAUGCUAACUGGUGCCCUAUACCUCGCCCUCCGCAGCCUGGGACUGGGGACCACUCCCGGCCUCUUUACAACCUUUUUCUCUGAUUCUGUAUAUUUGCAAAAAUAUUUCUUGUUUCUUAA